UGUGCGUGUUCCUCCCACUAUUUUCCACUGAGCGACAAGGCUGCACAUUGUGCUCAGACCGGCCAGCCAGCCAAGGUUACACAGCCGCGUUCUCCGCCCGUCUCAAAAGGUGACAAAUGGAGACUUUCAAUUAUAAACUGAACACUUACUUAGAAACAUGGAUGGGUCCCAGAGAUCAGCGGGUGCGGGGAUGGCUGCUGCUGGACAACUACCCACCAACAUUUGCACUCACAGUCAUGUACCUUCUGAUCGUGUGGAUGGGGCCCAAGUACAUGAAACACAGGCAGCCGUACUCCUGCAGAGGCCUCCUGGUGCUCUACAAUCUGGGCCUCACACUCUUGUCCUUCUACAUGUUCUAUGAGCUUGUUACGGCUGUGUUGCAUGGUGGUUACAACUUCUACUGCCAGGACACUCACAGUGCACAGGAAGUGGAUAAUAAGAUCAUAAAUGUCCUGUGGUGGUACUAUUUCUCCAAGCUCAUCGAGUUCAUGGACACCUUUUUCUUCAUUCUCCGAAAGAAUAACCACCAGAUCACAUUUCUUCACAUCUACCACCACGCUAGCAUGCUGAAUAUCUGGUGGUUCGUUAUGAACUGGGUACCCUGCGGCCAUUCGUACUUCGGUGCCUCCCUUAACAGCUUCGUCCAUGUCGUGAUGUAUUCUUACUAUGGCCUCUCAGCCGUCCCAGCCAUGCGGCCGUAUCUUUGGUGGAAGAAGUACAUCACACAGUUACAGCUGAUCCAGUUCUUUUUAACAAUGUGGCAGACAAUGUGUGCAGUCAUAUGGCCAUGUAGCUUCCCCAUGGGAUGGCUGUACUUCCAAAUAGGUUACAUGGUCACACUCAUUAUCCUUUUCUCAAACUUCUACAUUCAGACUUACAACAAGCACAGUGUUUCUCUAAAGAAGGAGCAUCAGAAUGGCUCUCCUGUAUCAACAAAUGGACAUGCAAAUGGGACACCAUCUCUGGAACGCACCGCACAUAAGAAACUGCGGGUGGAUUGACAUUUGAGAAACCGGCGUCACCCAAUUCUCACUGUAGCGUGUUAGCUAAUGCUGCUAGGAGGUAUAUCUUCUUAUCUAGAAUAGUCUAGCGUUCACUUGAGAUGAAAUAAGCCAUAGCCACAUAUAUCCAGGCUUUCCAGUGUUUUUGCACACAAUGCUACACAAUGCAUUGAAUUAAAUUAAAAUAGUUAAAAGGAGAAGAGUAUUGUAGUAUGGUUAAUAUUGCACAAUAUUGCCUCCCCAAACCCCAACAGGAAAUUUACUCCAAAGCAAAAAUCUAUUACUGGGUUCAGUCAGCUGCUGAAUUUUGCUAGCAGCAAACAAAAACACAUUUUGACUCAUUCAAAGAUGCUUUACACGCAGAAGAUCCAAAGAUGAAAGCUCCAGUGAGUGUGUUGGCAGCCGAAGGUUUCAUCACACUCGAUAAAGUCUCUCUUUAAACAACCAUGGGGACAAUUAAAAUAACACAGUGCUUAUAAUGAGUAACUUGAGCAUGCAUCUUGUAUCUUGCUUUAUCCUACUCCUGCCUAUGCUGUUGCAUAAUCUUUAAAGGACAUGGCUGGCUUAUUGUCAACAAAUCUCAUGUCCAACAAACCAAUUAACUGAUCUACUUACAAGUAUUGUGGGUGCGUCCAGAGCCUGAUAUAUAUUAUUCCUCUGUGCCGUGGACCUCCAUUGUCGUCCAGAAGCUAUUAAAACCACAUUAGUGCCACACUCUUGCACUGGGUGACGUGUUCCUUGACCCUGAAGAGUAUCUGCAUGUUCAUUUGUUUAAAAAUGGCUUCAAAGAGUAAUAACAGCAAUCAUGUU